UCGUAACAAUUCUGUUUUAUCGGCAGAAAUUGUCUAGCGUACUUCAUGUACAGUAUAUACACACAUCCACAGUAGUAAGCAAAAAUCAACACCUUUGUACUGACCAAAACCUAACUUAUUUUUGCACUAGCCUUCGAAAAAACGUGCGAUUCGUACCAUCUACGCAAACACCUUUGUUGUACUCACAAAUUCCGCUUGCGCUUCGUUUUGUUUUGUAAUAAAAGUGUUGUUUUAUUCCCAAGCACCUUGGAGAUUGUGCGAUACGUCAGGGCGGUACAAUUCCCGUUCCAUCGCUGUUAUCGCCAUUUUGUGCUACUCAUGACCAUGACGAUCUGAUUCACCAAUGGGAAAACUCGUACUCGGAUUACUCGUAACAGCGCUGAUUAAGUAUUUGUCCGUGGAGAGCUCCAUACUCAAUUUCUGUUGGCCUUAUAAAGAUGUCACGGUGCCGCGUCCCGAUGGUUCAGGCAGCAGCUCUGCCAAGCAGUUACUCGGAAAGGGAACCUGUUAUCAGAGCGCUGAUGAAGCGGCGUGCAAAGCCAAGAACUAUUCGGUAUCGUGGAGUAAUUUGGCGUGCGAUACGUGUAAUAAGGAUAGCGAAUUUUGCUGUUGGAGCCCCACGCCACCGUCUGAUAUGCCAGAUCCGCCCAAGACCUGCCCGGUGGCGCACAAAAUUCCCUACGUCAUUGACGCUCUUUCGUCCACUUGCGGGAAGGCCCCACUGAAUCCCAAAGCACCGAAAUACUGCUACAUGGCACAGAUCGGUUUCUUAGGACGCUACGCCAACGGUAGCGACAACUGGAUCGAACUGGGCAACGCUCCCCAACCACGCAAUCAAUCACACGUCGGCGUGAUCGUAUCCGACCGGCUGGUUCUCAGCACCAGUGCCAGCGGAACUGACACAGCUGCCGGAAUUUGGGAAAUGUACGGCGCAAUCGCGGGCACUGACACCCGCCUGGCCGUGAAAAUUAACGGUAAGCAUUUCCCCGUGAAAGACAUCCACAUCCAGGCCGCCACCGGACCUAACCGACAAAGCCGCCUAUUCGUUCUGGAACUAUACGAUAAGAUCGACUUGAUCAGCGACGCGUGCCCGGUGUGUUUCGGCAACAUGACCGGCGUCAUUCCCAUGUCCAACCGUCCGUACUACGAAUUCGGGGCCCACAAGGCGACAUACCACGGGAAAUGCGAGCUGGUCGGCCGGAAACCGGAGUUGUGGCAUGCCCCGUUCACGUACCAUGACUGCGAUAAGGAUUUCUACGGGAUUGAUAGCGCCGUGUGGAAUCUGCAUACAUGUAUCAGUGAGCUGAAGAAUCCGGCGUACGGCACGGCGCCGUAUAGCGAUGAAGCCAAUAAGGUCACGCUGAGCUCCAUGGAGUUUUGUACAGGCGAUCCGGAAUGGAAUUACUGCAUGUGGGAUUUGGGAUCCGCGCUUGUAUGCCACGAUACACCGACGUCCAAACCAAGACUCGUGGGACUGCAGUUUAGCAGCCAAUGCGGAUUUAACUACCAGUUCGGAGCGCUGAUGGAGGAUGUCAUUGAUCUGGACUGGCUCAACGAAAUCUUGCCGAAGCCGACCGUGGAACCCACGACCGUAACGCCACCUGGAGACCAAUCCAGCACGAGUUCUAUAUUGGGCGGCGGUUCGGAUGCUACCAAAGGACCGCUGCCUCCCGGACCUCCAACACCGCCACCAAAACCCAAAUGCGAACUGGUGGUCCAGAAUAAGUACUCCCAGGAGAUACCCGACCGCGGCGUCGUUACCAUUACCAUUCCAACCCGAACCGGUCCCACAGUGGACUCUGUCUUGGCGGUGUGGAUGCAGAAAUCGGGAUCUAUUCGGGGUCCGCUGCCGCCCAGCGACGCCACCCUGUGCCAGAACUACGCAUUCACUAUUACACGGAUGGAUAGUAAGCAAAAGUGCGGGAUCGAGGAUGUGAUACGGCACAGUGCGAUCCUGGAUGUCUUUGGCACGAAGCCCUCGUCCGACGCGUGUACGGUGCAGUGUUAUAACGGCACGCAGGAGAGUUGUGGACCCUUCAAGUACUGGCUGGAAGCGCGACCAACACCGGCUGAUGCGGCACGGGAACCAGACGUCUAUGUACCGGCUUCCAUGAUUUACUGGGCGCGGAUCGAUUAUACACCACCAGGACCCUUACCGCAACCGCCGGAUUCGCGAAAAUGCGUCAUCGCGUUGGCGGAGUUAAAUCAACGCGGCCGACUAUCGGAAGGCGAAACAAUAACGGUCACCAUUCCAAAAACCGGCCCAUUGAACAACACAUUGCUCGUAGCUUGGAUGGAACGCGCGGGGAGCGAUAGGGAAUUGUGCGACCAUUAUAACUUUAACAACCGUUUCCUGCGCCUGGUUAAACGUGCUGCGAAGGAUUCGUGCGUAGUGGAGAGCCGAGUGGACUACACACCCCACGGUGCCGUUUUCAACCUCAACGUCCAACCGGGAGCGUGUGCGCAGCGAUGCUAUGAAGAGGGAGCGUGCGGACCCUAUGAGUUCACCAUGGAAGCCACACCCCCCGUGGCAGAAAGCACCGCCUUCCCGCUGGAGUUUGUCCGUGAUGCGCGGCAGUAUUUCGUCAAGUUUGAGAGAACGUUGUCAGCGCCAUCAUCAACCUCUUCACUGUCACCAACGACCACGUCGUUAUCCCAAACUGUUUCGACCAUAGAUGCUCACCCGAGCAAACCGACUGCCGCGCCACCUGGUACAAGCAGUGCCAAGCCCUCUGCAACAACGUCCACUGGCGGCUCAACGAUCUCUACCCCAUCACCGCUUAAACGAAAAUGCGAAUUAGUAGCCGUGAAUAAAUUCUCGGCGCACGUCCCCCACCGCGGUGUGAUCACGGUUACCGUCCCGCAGAACGGUCCCGUACAGGACACCAUCCUGACCGCCUGGAUGCAGAAAUCCGGAUCUGUCCGCGGUCUCACGCCACCCGCUGCCGACGAUCUGUGCGGGAACUACACUUUCACCUUGGUUCCGAUGACCGACGGCCAGUCGUGUAGUAUGGAGGAAGUUCUGGAGCAAAGCGAUAUAUCCACGACCUUUGGAACAAUUCCACUGAGAGGGGACGCUUGCACCAGCAAAUGCUACUACGCCGACCCCGGACUUUCGGGGAUGGAACCGCGGGAUGCCGGGGAAGCCUGUGGACCGCUGAAGUACUGGUUAGAAGCGCAGCCGGCGGCGUGGGAUGCGGCACGGGAGCCGGAUGUCUACGUUACGACCGGGAUGUUGUACUGGGUACGGAUUGAUUACAAGCCGACCAAACCAUGGCCGAACGUACCGAAGCAUCCUCCAUGCGUCCUCGGUAUGACUGAUAAUCAGAACGUCAAUCUACCGGAGAACGGUAACGUUACCAUCAAGAUCCCGAAAACCGGGCCGUUGAAUGAGACAUUAGUCUGGGCGUGGAUGGAGCGGGAUCUUGGCAGCAGUGAUGGAAAGAAGGAUUACUGUACCAAUUACAAUUUUAACAACCGAUUCCUGCGACGGAUGCGAGACACAAGCGAAACCUGUGUCAUGGAGGCACGACAGUAUUACACCGACGAAGCGGUACAUUUCCAUGUCAACAUCGAGGCGGGAUCGUGCGCGCAACGCUGCUAUGAGCAAGGAGAGUGCGGACCAUACGAGUUGGCCAUGGAAGCCGUGCCGCCCAUGGCGCAUAAUCACAUCACACCCGGACAAUUUGUCCGCGACGAGCGGAGAUAUUUCGUGAAGUUCGAUCCUGAAAAGCGAGAUUUCCUGACCACUUCCGCUACACCGUCCACACUGACUCCGAGCAGAGACAAAUGCCGUAUGGUCGUAGAGCAAGGUUUCGAUCAGACCGUUAUCAACCCCAAAGAUCCCAUCGUGAUCCUGCUGGAUGCCGGCUGGGACGGGGAAGAAGUGGUCGCCACAAUGUUGACUGCGGACCGAGUGGUCUGUCCUAACUACAAGUACAGCUCGACCGCGACGAACACCGUCACCAAUCAGCUGCCCACGUGCGAACCGGCGGAUCAGGAAGCCAAUACGGCGCAGCGGGACGGAAUGAUGCUGGUGAUGCACAUGAAUAAACCCCUGACCUGUGCGCAGCGGUGUUUGAAAGGGGAAGCGGCGGGAUGUGGGCCGUUUGCCUUCAACUUGCUGGCCACACCGGAUAAAGUGACGACCAACCGCGGUGUUGGAAGCGAAACGAUUACGAUCGUAUACAAAGUUCGGCAACCGACGACGAGUUCCACGGCUACGACGACAACUACUCGACUGCCUGCGACAACAACAACAUCAACAACAACAACAACCACAUCCACCACAUCGUUACCGGCAACAAGCGCAUCGACAACCAAACUGACCACAACCGCUCUGUCCACAACAACCGCCGGAAACAGAUGCAAAAUGUUGCUGGAACUAGGCGCUUUUGACCAGACACCCAUCGACCCUGGCGAGCCCCUCAUCCUCCCGCUGACGGCAGAUCUGGAAUCCGAAACAUUUUACGCGACCAUGACUAUGAACAAUCAGGUCUGUCGCAAGUACGAUUACGCCAUCACCGACACGCGCUACUCUAGUCAGCAGCCGGCGUCCUGUGAAGCCAUGUAUCCGUUCCUCAGCACAUCGGUGCAGGACGGAUUAUCGGCGUACAUCGGGGAUGAUGCGCCGACGUCCUGCGCACGCAAGUGUUUUAACGGCGUGACCAGUGCGUGCGGUCCUUUGCUGGUGACAAUCAUGGCGACGCCCGAUCAAGUGACGCCAUCGCGUCCCGUCGAAAAGCAAACCGUUACGAUCAUCUUCCAACUUCCGACGACAACGGGACCUACCACGACCACGAUGUUAACUACCACCACAACUGCCACAACAAGCACGGGCAGAACGACGAGUGAAACCACGUCGGCUUCGACCGCGACGCCAUCAACAAGCCAGAGCACAGUAAGUUCAAGUAGCUUUGGGCCAACAGCGCUGCCACCCGGUCCCGAAACACCGACGGUACCAACUGGGUCCAGUACGGGCGCAACGGUAACUCCCUCGACUGCGAGUGCCGCCACUUCGUCACCGGUUCCCAGUAGCACGGCUUCCCCGACCACAUCAACACCGGUACCCACGCCGUCCAGCGCAAAGCCGACCACGGUGACGGUGUUACCGUCAACGGAGAGCACUACCACCCCAACGCCGACUACCGAUAGCACGACCACAUCGACGUCACCGACCACGUCUGCAAGUGCCGCUACAACGUCACAAACGACUAGCAGUAGCAGUACGACACCAACCACUACAAGUACCACCACUAUGAUGCCAACGACUGCAAGUACCACAACUACAACACCCACAACGACAAGUGCCACCACCACAACCCCGACGACUACCAGCACCACCACUACGACACCAACUACUACAAGUACCACAACUACGACACCCACAACGACAAGUACCACAACGACAAGUACCACAACGCCAACGACUACCAGUACCACAACGCCUACCAGUACCACCACUACGAUACCAUCGACUACAAGUAGCAACAUGACGGCGACCCCGACUACGAGUUCCACUACUGCGACACCAAGUACUACCAGUACCACUACUACAACUUCAACUACGUUGUCAACCGGUACCACACCAGCACUGACGCCACCGACUGAGACGGCCACCACAUCAACCUCCACCACUGCGUCACCAUCGCCGUCUCGGUCGACCACCACCACUCCGGCCGUAUCAUCCAGCUCCGAAAGCACUCCCGGUCCCGUGCCACCAAAUCCACCGUCCACACCUUCCCGCGGACCGGACACUACGCCAACGGGAUCAUCGGUAACGUCCACAAGUCCGGUGCCAAGUUCCACAUCGAGCGCCACAACGUCCAGUUCGGUUCCGGUCCCACCCGGUCCCGGUUCUUCGACCAGCAUUGCGCCAGCACCGUCCACGGUGUCGCCAUUGACCUCCGGAUCAACGAGCACGACAGGCCCGGUGCCAUCUGGAUCGCCGAGUGGGGGAACGAGUGCUGCUCCCUACACCACGAAGGAUCCAAUGUCAUGCGAAGUGUCUAUGGACGCCGUUGGUAAUAGUGCAAAGGACGGCAUGAUGUUCGUCGACAUCCAGCCAACCGGUCCGCAGGAAAACGGUUUACCGUUGGCAUUAUGGUCAAUGCGACGCCAUGGUUCCAGGCGAAUUUGCUCUGGGUAUCGGUUCCAGCUGUUAAGCGACAUCUCCACCACCGGCUGCGAGCUGGGCACCAUGAUGGAGGGUUCGCCGUUCUUCGAGCAGGGCUGGAUGAUCAGCAAAUCCCUCAUAUCCAGCAGCAACUGCGCGCUGCGCUGUUUCCGGGGUGAACGACAGCAUUGUGGCCCGCUGGUGUAUCCCGUCGGAAUAACGCCGCCGUUUGCUGCUCCGUUAAUCCGCAGAUUUCUUAACGUGACCUAUCGCCCACCGUCACCGGAUGCGCCAGUCAUUGCCAACCUUUCAGACUGCCGAUAUUUCGUUGUCAGCCCGUUAGGCGAAAAUCUAAAUUCCACCACCAGUACAACAGUGAAUUUUGCUGUGCCCCUGCCAGCGGAUGGACUGGGUUCCGGGUUAACGCUCUUCACCGCCGCUAUGAAGAAGACCGUCGAGGGGCCGUUCUGUCUGGACUACACGUACAGCCAGACCAGCGUCUCCACCAGCAACGGCUGUUCGCUGGGCCAACUGAGACCGAUCGGCUACUGGCCGGGCGUACAGUUCGCCGCGGAUACGCAGUCGACGUGCGCUGUACAGUGCUACAACGGGAUCACCGCCAGCUGUGGUCCCCAUAUCGUCACCAUAGUGGCACGCCCCAAUCCCGGUACUAUCAACGGAUUGGAGAGCUGGUCAACGAUUACGAUGACGUUUACCCCUCCCGAAGUGACGACUGGUACCACCACGACCACAGUAGCAACGACUUCAACGACGAUGUCCCCUGCGACUACAAGUACCUCUACCACGACGCCAGCGACUACCAGUACCACUGCUCUUAUAGCGUCCACAACGUGGCCAGCUCCAUCCAGCACUACCGGCACCACGAGUGCUGUUUCCACAACCACGAUUGACCCCAUGUCGUGCCAAGCGUCCAUGGAUCGCCUUGGAAACGUUGUUAUAGACGGCAUAAUGGUAAUCGAUAUCCAGCCAACCGGUCCGCCAGAAAGCGGUAUACCGCUGGCAUUGUGGUCGAUGCGACGCUAUCGUUCCCAGCAACUUUGCUCGGGUUAUCGGUUUGAGCUGCUGAGCAGCAUUUCCAUCACCGGUUGCGAGCUGGGCACACUGAUGACGGGUUCGCCGUUCGUCGAGCAAGGCUGGGUCAGCAGCAAAUCGCUAAUGUCCAACGGCAACUGUGCGCUGCGCUGUUUCCGGGGCGAACGACAGCAUUGUGGCCCUUUCAUGUACCCUAUCGCAAUUACGCCGCCGGUUGUUGCUCCGCUGAUCCGAAGAUCGUUUAACGUGACCUAUCGUCCGCCGCCACCGGAUUCGCCGGCCAUUGCUGACCUCUCUGACUGCAUAUACUUCGUCGUACUGCCGUUAGGCGAACACCGAAAUGCCACCGGCCAUCCCACAGUGAGUUUCGAUGUCCCACUGCCAUCUGAAGGACUAGGUGCUGGGUUAACGCUCUUCACCGCCGCUGUGAAGAAGACCCCCAAGGGGCAGUACUGUUUGGACUACACGUACAGCUUGGUCAGCAUCGAGACCAACGAUGGGUGCUCGUUGGGCCAACUGAAGCCCAUCGGCUCCUGGCCAGGCGUACAGUUCACCGCGGAUACGCAGUCCACGUGCGCUGUACAGUGCUACUAUGGAGUCACCGCCAGCUGUGGUCCACAUGUGGUAACUGUCAUGGCGAUCCGCAAUCCGGAUACUAUCGGCGGAAUCGAGGGCACGGCAACGGUUACGAUAAUGUUCACCCCUCCCCCGGUGACGGUUAGCCCCAUUACCACGACGAUAGCAACAACUUCGACAAGUACUACAACUCCCGCGAGUACGACGACAACGACGCCCACGACUACGACAACGACAACUACGCCCACAACAACGACAACUACAACCGCGCCCACAACAACGACAACCACGCCCACAACAACGACAACUAUAACCACGCCCACAACAACGACAUCGACGCCUACGACAACAGCAACCACGCCCACAACAACGACAACCACGCCCACGACAACCACGACAACGACGACGAUGCCAACGACUACAACGACACCGGCGCGAGCUACAACACCCUAUCUUGGAGAAUGCGAAAUAACCGUUGACCCGUUUGGCGCGCCCAUGGGUCCGUCGUCGAAAGGGGCCGCCGUGCCGCUCAUCAAACCGACCAUUCCCCGCGAAGGAGCCGUUAAAGGGUUCGCGCUGUUCCAGAUUGUCAUGCGGCGUAACGGUCCUGGCAAGGAAUACUGCCCCGAAUAUGGUUAUUGGCCAAUUACAUGGACAUCCGCACCAUCCUGCUAUCCCGGCAACUUCCGGGCCCCAGCGGCUACCUGGGGCUUCGACGGAAUCGCCUUCACUAGCCGCACUUUGCUGCAAUCGCAAAAGCAAAAAAGCUGCGCGGAGGAAUGCUACGAUGGCAGAGACGCGUCGUGUCGCGGUAUCAGUUUUUUUAUUACGAUUACGGGAGGAACAGCCAAUGUCACUAAAGAAGUUCAGAUCGAGUUCAUUGAUCCCCCGCACUACACCCAACCGGACAAUUCUGGAUGUUUCCCACAGGCACCUCAUGUUGCCUUCUGGCACACCAGCUUCAACUCCGGCGAGUUCAUCAUUGUCAGCUACCCCGCUAAUACCAUCACGGUGCCGGUGUUCCACGUGGCGCUACGGAAAUCCUCCAAUGUCUUCUGCCGUGGUUACAACUUCACCGUUACCGUGACCUCUCCGGUGGUGUGUACUCUCGGCUCGCUGAUGAAUCUCAAUCCCGAACUCUCGUUGGAAGGCGCAACGUUCAUGCUGCAGAAAAUGUGCGCGGCGCCGGACUGCAGUAAUUUUUGUAUGCAACAGUGUGUCAACGGGAUCCAGGGUGCAUGUGGCAACCACACGGUGACGGUGACAGCCUACCCGCCUCCGGGAACCGGUGGACAAGGCGUUAUCUGGAAUGUUGUGUUGUACUUGAGUAAAACGCUGACCGGGUCCACCACGUCCGCGCUGCCCAUGUCGUCCACGAUGUCAUCCACAACGACAACGACAACGGUCGCAAAAACGACGACAGUGGAUCCUAAUAUUCCAACGGAAUACAUUGGCUGCGAGACAUAUCUGGAUCCUUUGGGAAAUAAUUACACCGCCACCAGUGACGUGGACGGGGCGUUAAUUAAUGGGAUGCUGAGCGUGGAAAUUCCGGCGAACAACCCCGGGGGACUCCCGCUAUUUGUCAUCUCCAUGCGGAAUGACCGGGGGAUUUGUCCGGGAUACCGCUUUCAGCAGGACCCAAACCCACCCAUCGGCUGCUUUAUGGGCUCACUGAUGGAAGGACUACCGUAUCCGGAGCAAGGCCGCAUGUGGACUAAUUCAUGGGGGGCCAUGGGCGGUUGUGCGCAGUCCUGCUACCAGAACGACACGAAAUACUGUGGCCCGCUCGCCGUGCCGAUCAACAUCACGCCACCCUAUAAAGCCCCGAAAAUCCGUCGGGUGAUCUCGGUAACAUUCCGGCCGAAACUGAUCGUGACACAAGGACUACCCGGCCUUCCAGCGGACAUAGCUGGAUGUCGGCUGGUAAUCGCCGAAGGUCCCAAGACAAUCGUCACCAGUACUACGCCUUUAACGCUUGACAUCAUCGUCCCUCGCGAUCCCGGACCGGUCGACGUGUUCAUUUUCCAUGCCUUUAUGCGCCGCGGCCGAAAUGGCACGAUCUGUAAGGAGUAUGACUGGAGUGUGGAUGUCAAGACCAACGUCUCCUGCUAUGUGGGCGACAUGGUUUUAAUAUAUGCCUGGUAUGGCAUUAACUACCGCCCGGCGUCAUACACGGGGAUGGACUGUGUAACGCAGUGCCAACGGAACGUUCCCGGCGCUUGUGGACCGCAUAACGUGUGGGUCCAAGGGAAACCCGGUGCAGGAACGGUGUACGGGGAGACGGGCCGGCAGGUUGUCAUUAUUAACUACGUGCGCAACGGAACAGUCACUAGCGCUCGCCCAACGAUCACUACAACAACAACGACCCCAACAACCACAGCAACGACAAGAACAACAACAACAACGCGACCAGCCCCGGUUUAUAUCCCGACACCAGCGCCAUCGCCACCACAACCACCUCCGCCCCCGCCACCAGUAUGGACAGUCGCGCCAGUUCCCCCGCCACAACCAUGGCCACCUUAUCCUUAUCCACCCAGUCCGUCACCACCGGGACCGUCGCCACCCGGUGGAUUCGAUUACAGCAGCUGUCGCCUGAACUUUGAUGUCUUGGGCAAUCAGCUCACGAACUCGAACGGCUUCGAGAUGAUUAAUGCAUACAUUCCGCGGGAAGGACCGCCGGCGGUCGGUUUGCCGCUGUUUAGUGUGGCCAUGCGUUACGGUGUAUUCGAUCAGGCAAUCUGUCCGGGAUUCACCUUCACAUUCCAGCAGCGCCACAAUCGCAACCCCUGCUCGUUGAGCAACCUCUUCGAUGACCGGCGUCUGUAUGUUGGGAAAGCAUGGGUCACCACGCGUCCGCCACCCGAGAACCCCUCGCAGAACUGCGCCCAACUGUGCUACGACCGGACGCCGGCGGGCUUGUCGGGCUGCGGCGACCACGAUGUGGUCCUCACCAUCACGCCGCCGCCACAAUACCCCAGUCUAGCCGAAACCCGGAACUUCAAGGUGAUGUUGACCCCGCCUGCUCCAGCCGAUCGCCAUCCGAAAGCCGACUUGCGUGGCUGUGAGACAGUUGUGGAUCGUUUGGGCAAUGGAGCUACAGUGAAUCAAUCAUACCUCAGUUUUUACCAAAUUGCGGGACUAGUGGCAGCGGACGGGCUGGUCGUGGUUGAUCUUGUCUACAAUGCCCCGAAAAGUCCGCUGCUGCUUUUCAACGUCGCCAUGCAGAGAGGAAAAUAUGGAACCUACUGCAUGAACUACCAGUACACCCACAACAUCGUUUCCAACGGCGGCUGUUCCCUGGGUUAUGCGGUCAUCGGCUCCAACUGGUACCUCCCCGGCGUGCAUGUGCGCGGCGACAAUACCAACCCCAACGACUGUGCCACCCUGUGCAACAGCGGAAAUCAAGCCGCCUGUGGCCUGCACACUGUCUCGAUUACCGCUUAUCCCCCGGAUAAUGACAUCGGCGCUCUCAUUGUCACAAAACGUGUCGAUGUGAUAUUUAUCCGACCGGCGUCGGAACGAACGACACCACAACCGCCGCCUUGGCAGUAUCCCCAGACACCGGCGCCCUCGCCACCUGGAGGACAAGGAACAUGCGCCUGGUAUCCCUCAUUUGACGGUAACCUCUUCACGGUCAACGUUGUCCAAGGCCCGACUGACACCACGCUAUUCCGCACCGCCGUGUAUUACUUUGGACAAGUGUGCAGCGUCUAUCAGUACAAAAUCAUCCGUGCUGAUUGGUAUAAUCCCUCGAAUUUCCGGGGUCCGUUGCCAGCCGAAUGGGACUGUCUGCGGAUCCUACCGCAGAGCGAUGGAGCACAGGCGGUGAACAGUCUGUCCAAUGAUCCGUGCGCUCAACGCUGCUACCGGCAGCCGGAGUUCAACUGUCAGGUGUCAUUUAAAAUGGUGGCCUAUGAUCCUAACCCCAAUAGUGCUAUUCCUAUCCUCACGCAGGAGUUCAAGGUGGAUUGGAGCAAAUCGCCGUCCCUUGGCUAACUGGUUUAACAAGUUCUUGGUUGUGUUAUCGCCGUUGUCGGCAUUGGGUUCAACAUGGAUUUAUGUUAGAAACUAACAUCUCGGGAGACGAUUGAUCAUUGAACAAAGGCGCAAACUGCAAAGACGUUGCUGUUGAUCCCCUUUUAGUCACGCCGUUUCUCUCAUAAUAACGUGUGUUAUAUGAUGCUGCUUUUACCGGUGUGUUAAUCUAUUUCCUUGGUUUCCCUCGAUGCAGAUGGGGAUCGUACUGACAUACGUAGUAUUACAGUAUUCGAUGGUUGAUGCUGUGGCUGUAUUUAGAAGUCAGAAUCACAGUGCCUUAACAGUAGCCCUAUAACUUCAAUUUUAUGUGGAGACUGCAUGGUUUCCUACGUUGUGUGUUAGGUAUACACAGCUGUACCUGUAACAGUGUGUGAAAAUUUCUUCAGCUAUCAACGAUUGAUUCAUCGCAAUUUUAUUUACUGCCGUGU